AUGAAGUAUGUGUUGCAAAAUUUUUCCUAUUGUUCCAAUCUAAAAUACGAUCAGAUUAAAAAGAAAAUCCUUCAAAGGCAACACGAGUUCAUGGCGGUUCAACGUGAAACUGUUGUCAGCAGGUUGUGUCGUGAUGACACAGUCCCUGUAAAGAACGAACUCGGAGAAGAUUUCUGUCAUAACUGUGCAACUUACGAGGAACAUAGGAGAAAUAAUUGUCUUAAAAUGACACGAAUGGAAGCUUUAGAAGCGCUUCUUCCCAAAAUGAGGUACGAUUGGUUGAGCAUAAGAUAUCAGCUGAUCAAUGUGAUUUUUGACCAACGAAAAGAAGAGGGAGAAAAAGAAUAUGCUUUAUAUAAAGACGGACAACCAAGUCAACUUAUGUUAGGCUUUAUAAAACUCGCUUCGCCGUUCCUACCAGACAAAAGCGAGGAGAAUCUCGCGCACUUGCUAAAAAGUAGUAUUGAAUUGGAAGCUAAACAGAAUCGGGCUUUCGAUUUGGAAGUAGCUGAAGAGAAACUUGAAGAAUUUGUUCGAAAGAUGAAAGCAGAUAUAAAUGCAAGUGAAAGAAGCAACCCAUCGGGGCGAAUUAUUCGAUUUCAUUCAACUUUCAAAAAAAAACCAGCAAAGACCAGAUACUCAAAUCAAAAUGAUAUGCUUAGUGUCACCCGUGCCUAUUUGAAUAAAACGGCUUUGAAAGCCAACUUGGAGGCAACAGAAGCACUGGAGAAGGGUCUUGAGAAUCUUGCUGCUGCGAGCGAAUUUUUCGAACAGUUGAAGUCUGAAAUGAGAUGUGGAAGUUACAGACGAGCAACUAUCAGAAUGAAUAUGCAGGUUUCUACUCGUGUCAUGGAUGAUGCUCCGGAUUGCGAAUUGGACAUAAAACUCAGCACUACAUCCUGGAAAAAGAAACUGAAUAUGACGAUGGCAACGAGUGACAAGUUGCUCUUCGAGCUUCAGCAUGCACAACGCAUUCUUCGUGAAGACCAAGCAAAUAAGUUGGAGGAAAACAAUAAAUAA